UCCCCCUUCCCUCCACUCCCACAAGUCAUGAUGGCGGAACUGUGACUGUAGACUGCGGGACGUCCACAAGUAUCGCCGUCCGCCCUCACUCCAUGCCAAGACCCAAAACGGUGAACGCUCUAUUCAGAGGAAUACUAUGACCCGCUGGAUUCCCACUAAAAAAGAAAAGUACGGAGUCGCCAUCUAUAAUUAUGAUCCACGGGGCGAGCAGGAGCUGUGUCUUCAGGUGGGAGACACAGUCCACAUACUUGAGAAACUGGAAGGCUGGUAUCGGGGCUACACGCUGCGAAGGAAAUCUCACAAGGGUGUUUUUCCAGCAUCCUACAUCCACUUAAAGGAAGCUACCGUCGAGGGGAUUGGCCACCAGGAAAUUAUUAUUCCUGCAGACUUACCUCUGGUGCAGGAGCUCGGGGCCACUCUGCGGGAAUGGGCCCAGAUAUGGCACAAGCUGUUUGUGGCGAACCAAGCCACUCUCUUCCGGAGUGUGCAGCAGAUGGCUUACAGCAUCAUCGAAUAUCGAUCUCAGAUACUGUCAGGAACGCUGCCCAAGGAUGACCUUGUGGAGCUCAAAAAGAAAGUGACGGCCAAGAUUGAUUAUGGAAACCGGAUUCUUGGGUUGGACCUGGUGGUGCGAGAUGAAGCUGGUAACACACUGGAUCCAGACCGCACAAGUACAGUCAGUCUGUUCCGAGCGCAUGAAACCGCUUCGCGCAGUGUUGAUGACAGGAUUCAGGAGGAAAAGACACGGCUGCAGAAUCUGGAAAUGCGGCGGCAGACUCUAUUCAGCACGGUACACACUUACAGUCUGCUUAUGAACCUAAAAAACUUUGUGUGCAACAUUGGGGAGGAUGCAGAGCUCCUCAUGUCACUCUACGACCCGGACCAGUCUGAAUUCAUAAGUGAGAACUUCCUGGUGCGGUGGGACAGCACCGGGAUGCCCAAAGAAAUCGAAAAACUCAACAACCUGCCUGCCCUAUUCACGGAUCUCAGCAGCGGUGACCUGAUGAGGCCGCGACUUUUCCUGGUGUGUCAGAUCAUCCGCGUUGGCAGCAUGGAACUUAAAGAGGGCAAGAAACACACUGGAGGGCUGCGGCGGCCGUUCGGUGUGGCUGUGAUGGAUAUAACAGAUAUCGCCCAUGGCAAGACUGACGACGAGGACAAGCAGCAUUUCAUCCCCUUUCAACAGAUCGCCACUGAAACCUAUAUCCGUCAGAGGCAGCUCAUCAUGUCGCCGCUCAUCCCGUCACGAGUCAUCGGAGAGAACGAGCCGCUCACCGCCGUCUUCAACAAAGUCAUCGCCACGCGGGAGGUCAAUCACAAAGGCCAGGGGCUGUUUGUGACUCUGAAGCUGCUCCCGGGGGAUCUCGCCCAGGUCAGGAAGGACUACCCCCACUUUGUCGACCGCAGCACUGCCAUUGUCAGGAAAAUGGGCUUCCCAGAAAUCAUCCUCCCAGGAAACGUCAGGAAUGAUUUCUAUGUGACAUUGCUGCAGGGCGAGUUUGACCGUGGCAAGAAGAAAACUCCUAAAAAUGUGGAGGUUAUUCUGAGCGUGCAUGAUGAUGAAGGCAACCCGAUGGAGAAAGCCAUAUUUCCUGGAGCCGGUUAUGAUGGGAUCUCAGAGUACAAGUCUGUCAUUUACUACCAGGUGAAGCAGCCAUGUUGGAACGAGACGGUGAAGGUGACCAUUCCUAUCGAGGACGUGUGCCGCUGCCACCUGCGGGUGAUGUUUCGACACAGAUCCUCCCAAGACUCAAGGGACAAAUCGGAGAAGCCCUUCGGAAUGGCCUUCGUCCGUCUCAUGAGAGGCGACGGGACAACGCUCCGAGACGGCAGACAUGAACUCAUCGUCUAUAAGGUCGACGUGAAAAAAGCAGACGACGCGAAAGUUUAUCUCACCUUGCCAGCGACGUACAGGGAGGUGGAGGAGAAGGAGAGGCAGGCGGGGAAGCCGUUCCACCACUCCGGAGUCAUCCCUGUGACCAAAGACAGCUUCCAGAUCGCCACGCUCACCUGCUCCACUAAACUGACUCAGAACGUCGACCUCCUUGGUCUCUUGAAUUGGAGGUCCAACCCUGAAGCACUGGACCUGAACCUGCAGAGGCUGAUGGAGGUGGAGGGGAGCGAGAUCGUGAAAUUCCUGCAAGACACGCUUGACGCCUUGUUCAACAUCAUGAUGGAGACGUCGGAAAAGGACACCUACGACACGCUGGUCUUUAAUGCCCUGGUUUUUAUAAUCACUCUCAUUGGCGACAUCAAAUUCCAGCACUUUAAUCCAGUCCUGGAAACUUACAUCAACAAGCAUUUCAGCGCCACUUUGGCUUACAUGAAGCUCACCAGGGUGCUGAACUACUAUGUGGGUCAUGCUGAGGAGCCUCUUCUGACCGAGAGACUCUACGCUGCCCUCAAGGCUCUCAAGUAUCUGUUCAGGUUCAUCGUCCAGUCCAGGGUCCUUUUCCUCAGGUUUUAUGGAAACAGCGAGGACGGAGACGCGUUCUUCAACUCCAUUCGGACGCUCUUCUUGUCUUUCAACACCCUCAUGGACAGACCGCUGGAUGAGGGAGUGAAAAUAAAGGGGGCGAUAUUGAAAUACCUACCCAGCAUCAUUAAUGACAUCCAGACGGUGUUUGAUCCCGUGGAACUCAGUAUUCUCCUGUCCAAGUUCAUCGAGAGCAUUCCGGACUCUCAGCUUGUGCGUCAGAAACUGGGCUGCAUGUGUAAAAUGGUGGAGAGUGACCUUUUCAGGCAGACAGAUUGUCGGGAUGUGCUUCUUCCUCUUGUCACCGACCAGCUGAGCGGGCAACUGGACGAUCACUCCAGCAAACCCGACCAUGAGGCUUGUGUCCAGCUGCUCAGCACUGCGUUGGAUAUCCUGGACCGCAAAGAUGUGGGUCCAACCAGAACCCACGUCCAGAUGAUAAUGGAGCGGCUGCUGCGGAGAGUCAACCGGACGGUCAUCAGUAUGGACAGAAGCUCCCCACUUAUCGGCCACUACUUGGCAUGCAUGACGGCCAUCCUGAAGCAAAUGGACGACUUGCACUACGCUCACUACAUCAACACCUUCAAGACGAGACAGGACAUCAUUGAUUUCCUGAUGGAGACGUUCAUCAUGUUCAAGGACCUGAUGGGCAACGUUUUCCCUGCGGACUGGAUGAUCAUGAACCUGGUGCAGAUGCAGGUCCUCCUCAGGGCCAUCCACCAGUACUCCGACGUUCUCAACACGUUCUUCCUGGACAAGGCCCAUUUUGAGCUGCAGCUCUGGAAUAAAUACUUCCAUUUGACGGUGGCGUUCCUCACACACAAGCACCUGCAGCUGGAAACCUUCUCCCAGGAGAAGAGAAAUAAGAUCCUGAACAAAUACGGUGAUAUGAGGAAAACUAUCGGCUUCAAGAUCAGAGACAUGUGGUACAACCUUGGCCAACACAAAAUGAGGUUCAUCCCGGCGAUGGUCGGGCCCAUCCUGGAGGUCACUCUGGUGCCGGAGCCCGAGCUGAGGAAAGCCACCAUCCCCAUCUUCUUCGACAUGAUGCAGUGCGAGCAUAAUUUCAGUCCGGCGCGCACGUUCGAAACUUUUGAGAAUGAACUGAUAACUAAAUUGGAUCAAGAGGUAGAAGGAGGCCAGGGGGACGAGCAGUACAAAGUGCUGCUGGAGAAAACGUUACUGGAGCACUGCAGACGCCACAGAUUCUUGUCACAGUCGGGGGAAGAGCUGGCGCUGCUGCUGAGCAGCCUGCUGGAGAAUCUACUGGCCUACCGAACCAUCACACACGAUGAGAGUCCCGAGCACCGCAUGAGCUGCACCGUUAAUGUCCUGAAUUUCUACAAGGAGAAGAAGAGGGAGGACAUUUAUAUCCGUUAUCUGUACAAGUUGCGGGAUUUGCACCUGGACUGUGAGAACUACACAGAGGCGGCUUACACUCUGCUGCUGCACGCGGAGCUGCUGGAGUGGUCUGACAAACCCUGCGCGGCUCAUCUGAUCCCUCGAGAUGGACAGCAUGUUUGGACGCAGCAGGAGCUGAAAGAGCGACUCUUCCAGGAAAUCAUUUGUUACCUGGACAAAGGGAAGAUGUGGGAGAAGGCCAUUGAGCUGGGCAAGCAGCUGGCCAAGAUGCACGAGAUCCACAUGUUCGACUUCAUGGAGCUCAGCCAGCUGCUGAAACAACAGGCGCAGUUCUACGAGAACAUCAUGCACGCCAUGCGACCGCAACCGGAGUACUUUGCGGUAGGAUACUACGGCCUUGGCUUCCCUUCAUUUCUGAGGAACAAGAUGUUCAUCUACAGAGGGAAAGAGUACGAGUGGCUGGAGGACUUCAGCCUGAAGCUGCUGUCUCAGUUCCCCAAUGCCAUCAGGAUGACCAGCACAGCGCCACCUGGAGAGAACAUCAGUAACUCACCGGGGCAAUACAUUCAGUCGUUCACGGUGAAGCCGGUUCUGACGGUGCCCCACCAGUUCAAAGACAAGGGCGUCCCUGAGCAGAUUCUAAACUAUUACAGAACCAAUGAAGUCGACCAGUUCCAGUAUUCCAGACCUUUCAGAAAAGGAGAGAAGGACCCAGACAAUGAGUUUGCUACCAUGUGGAUCGAGAGGACCACCUUUAUUACCUCCUAUCGCUUCCCAGGGAUCCUCAAAUGGUUUGAAGUCAAGUCUGUCUCAGUGGUGGAGAUCAGUCCUUUGGAGAACGCCAUCGAGACCAUGGAGAUGGCCAAUGAGAAGCUGAGCAACCUGGUGCAGCAGCAGGCCUGCGACCGUUCGCUUUCCAUCAACCCGCUGUCCAUGAUGCUGAGCGGCAUCGUGGACCCGGCCGUCAUGGGGGGAUUCUCCAACUACGAGAAGGCUUUCUUCACCGACACCUACAUCCACGAACACCCCAAAGACCACGAACGCAUCGAGGUCCUCAAACAUCUCAUCGCCCUGCAGAUCCCUCUGUUGGCAGAUGGCAUUCGCAUCCAUGGAGAGAAGGCCACGGACCAGCUGAAGCCCUUGCAUAAUCGUCUGGUCACGUGUUUCCAGGACCUCAGAGAGAAAGUGGAGAAGCAGUAUGGCGUCAUCACCUUGCCCUGCUCGCUCGCCGAGAAGAAGAAGAGCCGCGUGGGCUCAGUGGUGAUGCCCUACAUCCUGUCCUCCACCCUGCGUCGCAUGUCCACUGUCUCCACCUUGUCCAACGCCUCCUCCGGCCUGUCCAGCAGCUCCGCCUCCUCCGACGGACCCUCCUGCAUUUCCUCCCAAGAUUCCUUGUUGUCCCGACCCAGCGAUCGACGAGCCUCCGUCCUGGACGAUAACCGGAUCGCUCGCAAGAACAGGAAGGAGUGGAGCGUCAGCAAGUCGCAGGUCCUGCUGGAGAGACAGUCGGACGCAGACGAGACGCCUCCUGAGAAGCAGCAGAGGCCCAAGAGUUUGCAAUUAGGAGACAGACGCCUGACCCUGUCGCUGUUCCAGGGAGCAUCUUCUCAGCUGAGCCUGUCCAACCCUCUCAGCCCGCUACCUGCCUCUCCACACACGCCUCGCACACCUCGCAGCUCCAGCUAUUCGUCGCUGCUCGGUGACGGCGAUGUCGUGGACACCCCUGGCACCCCCCCACCCAUGCCGCCCAAGAAGCACCCCCAUGAGGCGGACCACCUCGGCUUCCCCUCAGAGCUCUCUCCCCCGCUACCCAUGAAAACCGAAAGCAAGCCUCCGCCGCCGCCACCCAAAACGCGGAAGUCUAUGUUCCCUUCAUACGAGCACAGCCCCCAGUGAUGCUCACCCACGCAGUAAUUCUUCCAUUGGCCUUUUUAUGGAGGCGCGUUUGGUCUGUGCCGGCGUGCGGUGCCUCAGUGGGGGGGCGGAGGAAGACGCGUCUUUGUACUGAACCACAUCCCUUCAGAUGCAAGUCAGGAAUAAUUCACCACCAUCUGACGGAGCUGCGUUUCUAGGCCUCGAGGAAGAGCCGCAUGUUGAGGUACGAUAGCAACUCGCUCACCUGACAAGCUUGUUGGCAGUGAGGAGCGCGGCACUGGAUAGAUUCAUGACAGAGUCCAGAUGUACAGAUUUAUACUACAGAAUAUUUCGCAGUUUUUCUUCAUGGAAGGUGGUUCUUUUUUUAUUUUUAAUCUGAAACACUGGAUGGCAUUAAUGAAUGUGACGCUCAAGAGCUGCAGCUGCUGCACAACCAGUGCUGCUGAUGCCUUCAAUACCACAGGCUUCAUUUGAAGCAGCCUGUGCACGUGUGCUAGUCAACAAGUCGAGGCUAAAAUGAGUGUAGCGAUAGACUCACCAGCCUCAUUUGCUUCUAUAUAUAUAUAUAUAUAUAUAUAUAUAUAUAUAUAUACGUGCAAACAAAGCCUUGGAAGUCCCCAGGUUAAUCCAGCUUUCCAAAUGCGCUGUUUUAUCGCAGGUUUUUAUUGUGUGAAACUCAAAAUAAUGAACUGGAUGCAAAGCUAAUGUUUAAUCUCAUCAGUCAAAAGCAUUGAAUAAUGAGGUUAAAUAUUUAAAACAAACGGGGAAAUAAGGGGCCAAGAGGAGAGGAUGUCUGUCUCCUGCUAACAAAGCUAAUAACCCCCUGUCAGCCCGCUCAGUUGAGCAGCUAAUGCUAGCGCUGCAGCUAAGAAACACUUUAAAUUUAUGCAACAACCUUUAAGAAAGUAGCUACAUCCGUGCUUAUUGUUAAUGAUGAAGACUUGUUCAGCGUGAACUCAUACUAGCUAGUAAGCCAUUAACCACUGGCUAACUUGCUAAUGCUAAUGUGACUGUUGACGGCUAAUACGUGUUCCCUGAUCCAGACUUUGGGAGUAGGUGAGCGAGCCUUUCCCGACUGUUGCCAGAUGAACUCAGCUUUGCUGUACGAUCCCUUCAAAGACCCCGAAACACUGUAUGGUACCAUUUGUAUCCGAUAUAUUUUUUGGUGUUGGUGGAAGAAUUUUAAAUUAUUUGUUUAUGGAAAGUUGUUUGCACAUCCAAGUGUGUACAGAGUUUAUUUUUAUUUUCCGUGUCUUCUGAAUCAACUUUAUUGCAUGAAAGCUUUGCUUUUUAUAUUGUUAUCAGUGAGCAUCGUCCGUAUUUUAAGAACGACUGAUGAGGGCCGAUGUUUUUCUACUGGAUUCUUUUCAACACAGGGAUCAAAUCUAUUUUUACAGUCCUUUUUUUAAAUGAAAUCGAACGCGGAAUAAAGACUUGAGGAGAAUUUCCU